AUGAACGCACCGCCCCUCCCGCCCCGGCCGCCAGGAUUCCACCGCCCGCUGUGGCAGCCCGCCGUCCAGACCUCGUGGAACUACGUGCUUCACCACAAGGUGCACCUCGACCACACCGUCGAGCAGCACGAGGUCUGGAUCAUCGACCUCUUCGACAACACCGCGGCCGAGGUGGAGGCCCUGCACCGGCGCGGGCGCAAGGUGGUCGCCUACUUCUCGGCCGGGACCUACGAGGACUGGCGGCCCGACGCGGGCCGCUUCCAGAAGCCCGACCUGGGCCGCAAGAUGGACGACUGGGAGGGCGAGAGGUGGGUGCAGACCAACUCGGCCAACGUGCGCCAGAUCAUGCAGGCCCGUAUGGACCUUGCCGUGAGCAAGGGGUUCGACGGCGUGGACCCCGACAACGUCGACGCGUGGGACAACAAGAACGGUCUGGGGCUGUCGGAGCACGACGCCGUGGACUACGUCCUGUGGCUGGCGGGGGAGGCGCACGCGAGAGGCCUCUCUAUUGGGCUCAAGAACGGCGGAGAUAUCGUCCCCCGGGUCGUGCACCAGAUGCAGUGGUGUGUCAACGAGCAGGCGAUGCAGUAUGGCGAUGAGGAGCAGUUUCUUCCGUUUAUCAAGCAGGGGAAGCCCGUGUUUAACGUUGAGUACCCGAAAGGGGAGGAUCCCGACAGCAAUAAGCACAAUGACCAGAAGGAGGUGACUGGGAAGAAGAGGGAUAAGUGUAUGAAGGGGAAGCAGCAUGGCUUCUCUACCAUCAUCAAGAACGUCCGACUGGACCAGUGGAUUCAAACAUCCUGA